AUAGUAACCUACAUAUCAUUCGAUCAAAUCCCCAAUUCGGAUUACGACGCCCAAACCCUAGUUUUUCAUUCGCAUCGAUUCCCUUCUCUAACUCCUGCCCUGCAAUCAUCCAAGCGAAGCAAUAAACCUUGAAUAUAAUCAUUCGAAGCUUCGAUUAAAUCAUGAAGCGUUCUACCGAUGACAUUGGUGAGAAACUGCAGGCAAAGAAACCCGUAUUUCUCACUAAAGCAGAGCGAGAACAAUUAGCCCUCAAGCGCCGCCAAGAUGAAUUUGAAGAACAAAAGCGCCGAUCCGAACAGCUUCUCCUCCAGAGCAACCCUAAUUCUUCCUCCUCUAAACCCCCUCCGUCGUCUGAUGACGCUUCCCGUAACCACCGUUCUUCUCGUGAUUACGACCGUGACCGUGACCGUGAUCGCCGGGACAGAGACAGAGAUAGAGACAGGGAUAGAGAACGGGAGAGGGAGAGGGAAAGGGAAAGAGAAAGGGAACGGGACUCUGAGCGGCGGAACCGCGAUAGAGAACGUGAUGAAGAGCACAAAGCUAGGGAAAAAGCUCGAUUGGAGAAGCUUGCGGAGCGAGAGCGCGAAAAGGAGCUCGAUGCUAUCAAGGAGCAGUACUUGGGAUCAAAGAAGCCUAAGAAAAGGGUUAUUAAACCCAGCGAGAAGUUCCGUUUCUCCUUCGAUUGGGAGAACACCGAGGACACUUCUCGUGAUAUGAACGUUCUCUAUCAAAACCCUCACGAGGCUCGUCUUCUAUUUGGAAGAGGCUUCCGCGCUGGUAUGGAUCGCAGAGAGCAGAAAAAGUUAGCAGCAAAGAAUGAGAAAGAGUUGAGAGACGAGAUUAGGAAGAAGGAUGGGAUUGAGGAAAGGCCAGAAGAGGCUGCUGCUCAGAGACUCAAGGAAGAGGCUGCUGACAUGUACGAUACAUUUGACAUGAGAGUGGAUCGCCACUGGUCUGAGAAGAAACUAGAGGAAAUGACAGAGAGAGAUUGGAGGAUCUUUAGGGAAGAUUUCAACAUAUCUUACAAAGGUUCCAGAAUUCCCAGGCCUAUGAGGAGUUGGGUUGAAAGUAAACUGAGCAAUGAGCUAUUGAAAGCUGUUGAGAGGGCUGGUUACAAGACCCCAUCUCCCAUUCAAAUGGCUGCCAUUCCUCUUGGUCUCCAGCAAAGAGAUGUCAUUGGGGUUGCCGAGACUGGUUCAGGUAAAACAGCUGCUUUUGUUCUUCCUAUGUUGACUUACAUAACCAGACUCCCUCCUAUAAGUGAAGAAAAUGAGGCCGAAGGUCCUUAUGCUGUUGUAAUGGCACCUACAAGAGAACUUGCACAGCAAAUUGAGGAAGAAACUGUCAAGUUCGCCCAUUAUUUAGGCAUCAAAGUUGUUUCCAUUGUUGGUGGGCAGUCAAUUGAAGAGCAAGGAUUCAAGAUUAGACAAGGAUGUGAAGUUGUCAUCGCUACUCCUGGGCGUCUAAUCGAUUGCCUGGAGAGACGUUAUGCUGUUCUAAACCAGUGUAACUAUGUUGUUCUUGAUGAGGCUGAUCGUAUGAUCGACAUGGGUUUUGAGCCCCAAGUUGUAGGUGUUCUGGACGCAAUGCCAUCAAGCAACUUCAAACCCGAGAAUGAAGAUGAAGAACUUGAUGAGAAAAGAAUCUACAGAACCACUUAUAUGUUCAGUGCCACCAUGCCUCCAGCUGUAGAGAGGCUAGCCAGGAAAUACUUAAGGAACCCAGUAGUGGUUACAAUCGGAACUGCAGGAAAGGCAACUGAUCUGAUUACACAGCAUGUUAUCAUGGUGAAGGAAUCAGAGAAAAUGCCUAGGCUACAAAAAUUGCUAGAUGAACUUGUGGAUAAAACAGCCAUUGUGUUUGUUAACACUAAAAAAACCGCUGACCAUGUAUCAAAGACACUGGAAAAGUCAGGCUACCGUGUGACAACUUUGCAUGGUGGGAAGUCACAGGAGCAGAGGGAAAUCAGUCUUGAGGGUUUUAGGACAAAAAGAUUCAAUGUGUUAGUUGCCACUGAUGUUGCAGGGCGUGGGAUUGAUAUCCCUGAUGUGGCUUAUGUGAUAAACUAUGAUAUGCCUAGCAACAUUGAAAUGUAUACACAUCGAAUAGGGCGUACAGGUCGUGCUGGGAAGACGGGUAUAGCUUCAACAUUCUUGACUCUUCAUGAUACUGAAGUCUUUUAUGAUCUGAAGCAGAUGCUGACACAGAGCAACAGUCCUGUUCCUCCUGAACUUGCUAGGCAUGAGGCUUCAAAGUUUAAGCCUGGAUCCAUUCCUGAUAGACCACCUAGAAGAAACGACACUGUUUUUGCUCAUUGAGGUAAUUAUCAUGUGCUGCAUAUAAUCAUGUUCUUUUACAUUACAGAUUAAAUGUUGCCUUACACUGAUAAUUUUGAAGAUGUUUAGCCUGGUAUCUGUUUUUAAUAACAUGAGUUUUAAUAGAUGUUUUUAUGGACUUGAUAA